AUGUUGUUUCCCGCUGUCAGGCUUUGGGCUCGUUCGUUACAGUACUGGUCUUUUUCAAUCCAGAAUUCCAGCGUUUUGUACUUUGGCACCAGUUCGACACUCCAGUUUGCCAAAAACAGAAAACCGAUCAAUGAAGAACUUUCAGAUUCUGAUUCAGAAGUCGAAGACGAAGCGUCUGAGUGGAAGUCGGAUGACCCAUUUUAUCCAGAAGAUGUCACUUUCAACCCGAAUUUCCGCCAGAUGAUCAGUCAUGUGCAGUCGCUGCGCUACGACAAGCUGUUGCGUGUUGGGUUAAAUUUGACCCGAAUGGCGUUUGAUGAAGCAUUAUUCUCCGGUCGUUUAAGGCUCAAUAACCAGAAAGUUUUGAAGAAAGGUUCUGUUCUUCGUGCAGGCGAUAAGCUUGACAUGAUUACCUCUGAAGAUGAUGGAAUAGCUUGCGGAAAACGAUCGAACCGUAUCCGAACACUCUUUGUGAAUCGACCGCCCUUGGCUUUGGCCCUAAUCACACUUUUGCUGUGUGCUAUUGGUUUGCUUGCUUUAGAUGUUCGAGUUCGGGUAUAUGAACUGAAAGAUCCCGAUGUAGAAACGCAUUGGAGCCAGCUUCUCCUAGAGUUAUCCAAAUUAGACUUUUGUAUAAGCAACUCGACUGGGGCGAAAACGUUAUCGGAGUCUCUGGCAGCUGCCGAACGAUUACCAGGGAAACUUGUGUCAAAUUAUGAGACAGAUUCAGAUCAGGUCACUCAUUCUGUGGAACAACAUGUCCUGCUUUACCCAACCACCUUCAUUCGACCCGGCACUAUCUACGCCGUAACAGCCGAUAUGCGUGGAAGACACAUCGGAAUCAAAGGAUCUCUGGCGUUGCAGCCGUUCCAUGUCACUUUCGAACUAACUCUUAGUGAGCAACCUCAACGUGAAGUUUCGGGAGAUAUUCGGCCGAUGCGCUUGAUUUCCUGUGUGCAGUUGAUUUCUUCGAAAAAAAUUUUACCCCAGAGGAACCUUCGUGGAGCUUGCCGUAACCAUAUUUUUCCUCCGAAGGACACCUCCGUUGUGCAGUAUGGCCGCCUUGAAUGGACAAAACGUACGGACGUUUUCACUUCAAAUCGCUGUAACGGGCGUAUACGACUGAGAACCGAUUUCUCCAUAUCCGAUGAGCUUUUGCCAGUUUUGAAAAGUGUGGGUGCUAAUUCUAACUUUCUUAAGGACAUCGAACUGAUUUCAUUCCAUUUACAUGUCAUCGUCGCCUUCCUUUUUGGGAUCGUUUUCGGAACCUUGCUUCUCUAUGGUCUGCUAUCGGGUCCAGUGUCUUCGCCCUCGCUUCGUGAGGCGCAUACUGCCGGACAUAUUAAUAUCAGCGAUGGUGAACGUCUCCCUCUGGAAACACAGGCUAGUGCUGCAGAACAGGAAGCCGUGAGACAAAUGGAUCUGCGCAAAAAGGCUCGUCAGCUCCAAGUUUCUACUGAAGAUUCGGAAGUGAAAGCAUAUCUUCGACAAUUGGGUGAACCCAUAUGUCUGUUCGGUGAGGAUGGAGCCGAUAGGAGAGAACGCUUGCGCAUGCUACUUGUGAUUAGUGGCGGUCCCGCCCAACGACCACCGCUCCCAGUUCCUGCCACAAGUUCAACAGCGGCCGUUUCGGGUACGGACAGUAGUACCACUUCUUUUCAACCGGGUAAAGAUGAUAAUACCGUGUGGUAUCACCAAGGUCCCGCCAGUUUAGCUGAUGCUCGACUGUGGAUUGCUGAGUACUCCUUGAAUCGGGCUAAACAAAGGCUUGAUAAGACCCGAAAGCACUACGAGGAAAUGCCGGCAGCCCUGCGCAAAGCCCGAUUGCAAGAAUAUCACAAGACUUUGAAUCAAUUUGGACUACUUUGCAGCCAGGUGGGAGACGUGCGGCCUUUGAGCAUGUGCCGGUUUUCUCCGGAUGGGAAGCAGUUGGCGACCGCCUCUUGGAGUGGCUUAUGUCGCGUAUGGAGUGUCCCAGAUUGCGAGCUCAAACUCAAUCUUCGUGGACAUACGGCGUCUGUGUGUAGCGUAGUCUGGCAUCCUCAGGCCCUCACACAACCGGAGCAACAAUUAGCACUGGCCAGCUCCGCACAGGAUGGAAGUGUCAAGCUCUGGAGUCUGGAUAACGAAGAACCCCUGGCUGAUAUCGAAGGCCACGCACCCUUCCGUGUGUCUCGUGUGGCUUUUCAUCCAUCCGGCCGAUUUCUUGCCACCGCCUGUUUCGACCAUUCUUGGCGUUUGUGGGAUCUGGAGGCGUGUGAAGAGGUACUCCAUCAAGAAGGGCAUUCGAAACCAGUCUACGAUGUGGUUUUUCACCCUGAUGGCUCCUUGGCUCUCACUACCAGUCUGGACAGCUUUGCCCGAAUUUGGGACCUGCGAACGGGUCGCUGCAUCAUGUUCUUCGAAGGUCAUUUGGAAGAACUUUUGGGUGCUGACAUUGCUGACAAUGGAUAUCAUGCGGCCACAGCCAGUGCUGAUAAUACAGUUCGCAUAUGGGAUUUACGACAACAGCAGGCAAUUUAUGUUCUCCCAGCUCACAAUAAUGUUGUGUCCAGCGUCCGUUUCGAACCUCGUUCCGCGAACUACAUCCUGACCAGCUCGUUUGACAAGACAGCAAAACUCUGGGGUCAUCCUGUAUGGGCUCCAAUCAAGAAACUUGAGGGUCACAACAGCAAAGUGGUCUAUGCAGAUAUUUCACCUGACGCUCAGUGUGUCGCCACCUGCUCACAUGAUCUCACCUACAAGUUGUGGAGCAAAAAUCCCGAUUUGUAGAUGAAGGAAGCAGACUCAUUCAGCCAUAAUCUUCCUGCUUGUGUUGACGUUUCUGUACAGUCCUCUCGUUUUGAUCAAAUAGUGAUUUGCACAGUG